GCAAAAUUAUUUAUGAGUAUUUUAACAAGUCUCUACCUCUCAAGAAAGGAUUUUAGAUCUUUAAAGAAAUAAACUUUGCAUAUGAACUACUUAAUAAUCUAAUUGAACUGCAACAACUGAAUUCUUCACAAUGAUAAUAGUCGAUAACUUUCUCGUCAAUAAUAACACCAUAGGGGAUAAAAGAAUCAAAAGUACCCUGAUGCCAUCUGAAAACAGAGAAAUUACUGUCAUAAAUAGUCCUAAACCUGUCGGCGAUAGUCGCAAUGUGCCACUAGAAAAGAGUAUAAGUUUUCUUAAAAAUCAACAUGAUGCCAUGCUGAAAGGAUUACAUCAGGAAAUCGAAUCCUUGAAAAAGAUCAACAAAGGUGUUUGUCAUUUUCCUGUACUUUAUUUUUAUCAGACUUGCAAUACCGCCUGGUUAUGUGCACGUGCUCUGCUGGCGAAAAGAUGUUUACAAGUUAAGUUAACCUAUAUGCUUAAUUUAAUAAAUAGGGAAAUACUGGCUCUUCAGGCAGACCUUGAGAAUGAAAAAAGGAAGAAUGCAUCUCUAAUCAAGCAGCUUGAAGCAUUACAAGUGUCUCAGAAUUUACCAAAGGGACUUCCGAGGUACAAAUGUAAAGAUGAAAUGUCAACAAACUCUUCGGAGCAGAAGAAUACUGCAGAUGUAUAUGAAGUAGCCCAGAGUUUGGGUAACGACCGAGACCGGAAUGAUAGUGGAGGAAUUUUGGAGGAAAAUCAAGGAGUUUGUGGUAAAUAUGUCGAUGUUACAAUGAAUGCAAAUAGUGAAAGUACCAAUAAUCAGAUGAUGAGGACAAUGACAACAUCACCAUCAGUAUCAACAGUAAACCGACUACCAUUAAAUAUAUCAGAAUGUAAUCUAUGGAAAAGGAAUAUUUCUCAUUCAUAUGAUAAUGAUAUUUAUGAGAAAGAUGAAACUGCAAAUAAAUCCAGUGGUUUGACAGGAACACGUUUACUGCCUAUUCGAUUACCAGCAUUGAAUUUUAGAAAACCGCUUAUACAAGCCUCAUUGAGUGAACAAACUAAAAGUGAUUCACCUACUAAAGGUACAAAAUACUCUGUGGUAAACAGUUCAUUAGAAAAUGAAAAGGUGUAA